CUGUUGUUUUGUCAUUUUCUGGCUUUUAGGAUGAUCCCCCGCCAUCCCUCCCUGCCAUUUUUAUUUUUGUCUAUUUGGAGUGGGAGAGCUAAGCUUCUGCCUGCCUGCCCGCCCUACGGCUCCCUGCUCCCUGUCCCCUGUUCCCCUUUUGUUUUUCGUUUUUGUGGCUUUUGCAUGCACAACUACGACUACAUCCGCUGCUGCUGCUACAGUGGCGGCAGCAGCAGCAACAACAACGCCUCCCUCUCUGCUGCACUCUCUGCUCUUUGUUCGCUGUCUCCCCCCGCUCGCCCCCCUCCGCUGCCUUAAAACUUUACCAUUUCCUUUUGCGUGUAUUUUCUCCGAACAGAGAAAGAAGAAAGAAUGUAUUUUCUAUCAGCUCGCUUUUCCGUUAUCCGAGCUCCUCUUCAAUCAUGGCGGUUUAUUAGAGGGUAAUUCCGGAUCUUCGUCUUGUCCGUCUCAACUGCUCCCACGCCAAGUCUUCUCCUAUUUCCUUUUCCUGCUUUUAUCGAGGCAUCUUUCGAGGAUGACGCACUCCUCCUUCUCGAGGCUCCAAAUAAUCACGGUGGCUUUAGCAGCAUCGACGAUACUGUUCUUCUUUGGUGUCGUUUCGAUGCCUGUGCUUCUCUCAGGCGUGAGGAUCAGGAGCUCCUUCUUAGUCAUGGACGGUAACAACGCCGUUCUCACUGUUCCGCAUCGCAAGCUUCUUCUUCAUCGUGGAAUGGUGGAACCGAACCGAAUAAAGGGAGAAAAGUGUACCAGGUCGGACAUUGUGGUGAAUCAAGGCCCCACACCCCCACUCCCAAGUGGUAUUCCCACCUAUACUGUUGAGAUCAUGAACGUCUGCGUCAGUGGUUGUGACAUCUCCAGCAUUCAUUUGAGCUGUGGCUGGUUUAGCUCUGCCCAACUUAUCAACCCCAAGAUCUUCAGGAGGCUUGGCUACAACGAAUGUCUCGUCAAUGACGGCAAGCCCUUGGCUAAUGGUCGAACCCUAUCUUUCAAGUAUGCCAAUACGUUCCCCUAUCCUCUCUCUGUCUCCUCCGUCGUCUGCGAUUGAGUGACGUACGUACGUAUAGCAGCGCACUCAUAAACAGUACUUGUGUAAUGCCCACCCCCAAAGCAGGACUUAAAUCGCUGGUUAAUACCAAAAAUUCUAGGAUAAGAUAGAACAUCCAUUUUCGUUUCUGUGGUUCUGCUUUGGCUUUAUAAGUUUCCCUUUUUUUUUUUUUUUUUUUUUUUUUUUUUGGGUUUGAGUCUAUAUUCCGGGGACUGAACGAUUGAGGGUUUUGUGUUCACUGUAAAGAGUGUGUUCUGAAUUGGGGUUGGAGGAGGGAGAAAGUGGGGAGGAAGGAAAAUUGGUUGGAUAAUGAUUGAUAUUUUUUCGGGUUGGACAGUUAGUUGUCUGUCUAUAUAGUUGUCUGUCUAUAUAUAUAAUAAGAGUGAUAUGCAAUAUGGUAGUUACAUUUGUGAAAA